AUGCCUAAAACAGUUAGUUCAAUUCUAUGCCAUGCAGCAUACAAAAAACAUAAAUAUGGAGAAAUCUGUGAACUUGCAUGGCAGGCAACCUAUCCUGCUAUUGAAAAUAACAAUUAUAAUAAAAUAGUAGUAUGGUUAAAACAAUUCAUUAAUCAGCAAAAAAAA